AUGCCAUCGAAGAAGAAGAGAGCUCGGCCCCCUGGUUCCGAGGUCCCAAACAGGUCCAAGGCACGAAGAAAGGCUUCUAAGAAGAGAGCUCCUCCUCCGGACGCCCACGACACGGGUGGGCCUGGACCCCCGAAGCGACGCAGGCCCGACGUAGCGAAACGCAAGGCGGACGCGAAAACCGUUGACAUUGUGGCGCGGAAGGUGACGCUCAAGAGUUUCUGCACCCCGGAGGCGCGAGCUCUCCACUGGAACGACGUGAUCAUGACGAUGAACCACGCUGCUGCCGAAGGCUGGCUCCUUGCCAACUUCGUCGUGAUGCACACGAUUGAGAACCCCACGGGUGGUGGAGUGCUCCCUCCUAUGGACAAUAAGUUUUUUCGUAGGUGCAUGGCUACCGUGUCGAAAAAGUCCAGGCCUAAGAAGUCGUUCAAGGCCGUGUUUCAGAAGUCAAAAGAAAGGAAGGUCCAGCCGGACCUUGCGUUGGAGGAGUGGAAAUGGGUCGACUUUGAGCGUGCAGCAGAUGAGUACCUGAAGCAUCGCGGAGGAGCUCGACCGCUUGAUUGCAAGUACAUUUGCCUGGGGUGGUUCGAGCAGGCGGCUACGCAGAUGGCGAAGAACACCGAGACCUCUACGUGGAAGAACCUAGCGCGGCGCCUCCGGCAGUAUGUGAGGGUGAAAUACCCAGAGCAUCGUGCUGACGCAUUCCUGAUAACGUCUUGGGUGCUGGACGAGGCGUGCAACCGUCGGCAUUGCAAAAGCUGCCGAACCAAGAAGCGCCAGAAGAAACCGUUCCCAGCCGAGUGCCAAUCGUGUGACGCCGUCAAUGGCAUCGUGGGCGCUCUGCGAGAAGAUAUACCAAGAAAUCAGAACCAGAAAGUAGACUGGAAAUCCACGGACGUGUUGCGAUUAUUUCACAAGUACCUGAAGGCUGUGGAGGAGUUCAACGAGACCAACAAGGAUAACCCGAAGAUCCGACAGGAACGUGUGUACAACAUCAUCCCGACCAAGCAGGGUUUCCGGAGCUCUUACUUCAGCAUGACAUCUACGGGGCUGUGGGACUUGCUGCGGAGAAGUAGCGACGAUCUGGAUCUCAACAUGAUUGCCCGCACGGAGGAUGGCGGCAGCAUCUCGCUCGGAGACAGUAUUAAGAAGGAGAACUGGUCUGGGGUAGCAGACAUUUGGUGGCGCAAGCUAUUUCGAGUAGCUGACCUCGAAAAAGGGACUCGACUGGUGUUCCAUGGUCAAAUCUGCACGGAUGGCAUAGGUGCCAGUGUCCUGCUUCACAAACCCAAACGAGAACCGAAAGCCGAGCCUCCGCUGCGCAAGAUUGAGAACUACGACAAGAUCAAGGGGGCGGAUCCGGGGUUCACCGACAUGUUCGUAGCAUGCACGUACAGCGUCCGCUCGCAAACCUUCAGCGACGACUUUCUUAGCUACCCAGCCAAGAAGUUCUACAGCGACUCUGGUUGCUCGAGUAGUAAUCGUAAAAUUCGACGAAAACUCGGUCACAACUCGGAAAUCAGGAAGGUGUUCAAGGACAUGCCGACAAAGAAGACAGCUUCCCUUACGAUGUUGAUGGAGUAUCUCGACUACACUGUGCCCAAGAUGGUGAGACUCUUUUCGUUCUUCAUGACAAAAACCUUUCGUGACAUGCGCUUCCGCCGGCAAAUGUUGGCUGAGAAGAACCUGCGAGCUAUUCGUCGGGAACUGGCAGGAGAGCCUGGCACGCGUACUUUGAUCGCGUUUGGCAACUGGGAGUUGAACAACAGCAGCGGCAUCAUCAAAAAGAAGACCCCGGGUCCAGUCAUGAAGCUCCGGCGCAUGCUCACGGAUUAUCGCGGCGUCGACGUCAUGAUUGUGGACGAGUAUCUCACUAGCAAAAUGCACCACGGCUGCUACUCGCUCGCUCCGAUGGAGAACCAACAGGUUAAGCACCGAUGUCGCGACAAGGUUGUACGAACUGUUGGAGUGCACAAGGUCUACCACUGUCUUAAGCGGAAUGGCGGUUGUGGAGCGACCGUCGAACGCGACGUGAAUGCCUCCAAGAACAUGUUGGAGGUGGCGCUGACACAGAUGCGUGAAGGCGAGGGUGUUCGGCCGGAGCGUCUUCAACGGCCAAGUUGA